AUGCUUAUUACGUAUUGGGUAAAGCAUUUGCUGCUUUUCCUUCAAGUUCAAUAUGCUUGGGGUAAUUUAGUUCCGUCUCGACCAACGGCAAUUGAAAUUUCCUCAACUACUACACUCACACCAACUAUAGAAUCUCUUUCAAUUACAGCACAGCCUGUUAUUUUACCUUCUAACUUUAGUGAAGAACACUCAUUAGAAAAAAGAGACUUCCUUGUUGCAACCGUAACAUGGCCCGAACAAUAUUCCCUAUUUCUCGGAUUUACUAUUCUAGUUCCCAUUGGUAUACUACUAGUUCCUCAAUCUACUUCUAUAAUUGCUACUACCACAUGGUGGAAUAAAGAUUACACAACAACUAUCCUACUGAGAACAUAUUCCCCUCCACCUUGGCGUGACAAUAUUAUAUUGUGGAACGUAUAUAAUACAAUCACUGAAUGGUUUCUUGUAGAAACUCCUAAGCGUGAUGCCACGAGAGAUUCUUAUACGGGGUGGACAGGAUCAUAUAUAAACUCUUACUCCACAGGCGUAUUCACAACAACAGGCCUGGAUGGCUAUGAAACUACCGAAACAAUCUAUUACAUUAGGACUCCUUAUAACAUUAUUUUAUCUACCACUACAACUGAAUGGACUGGUUCUUUUAGAUCUACCUACUCCACAGAAAAAAAAAUAUUAAUUUCUAAUGGUCAACAAGUUGAAGAAAUAAUAUACUACGUGGAGAACCCUGUGGUGGAUAUCACUACUAAAAUAUUUUCAUUUUGGCAAACUUCAUACACUUCAACAUACUCAACAAGUGUUACUCUUUAUAGUGGUGCAGAUGAAAUUUUUACAACAAUAUAUUUGUACUAUAUUGGCCUACCAACGAACCUAUACACCAUUACAGAAUCGAUUGGAUAUGGUUACAGUUUAACUUCUACAAUUACCACUGUAACAUCUUCUUUAACUGGAGCUGAUGGAUACCCAACUAAUGAAAUCAUUAUUGUUAUUGCUACCCCUAAUCCUUACGUAACUAGAACAAUAUUUAGCUCAUGGAGUGGUACAUUCAUUUCUACAUACUCAACUAAGGUUACUACAGUAGUUCACGAGGUAGGUGGUUUUACCUUAUCCACUAUUGAGACUGUAUAUUUUGUUGAAACUCCAGGUAAUGCAGUGUUCACUGCUACCACAACCAAAUUUCCUUGGCUAAAUCCUUAUGUCACAACUUUUUCAAUAGGAUACUCUCAAUCUGUCGGUGGAGAUGGACGUUUAACAUUCAAGACAAUAUAUUACGUUAGCACUCCAGGAUAUCUUUUGACUAGUACAACAGAAUGGUCUAAUUCGUUUACUGCCACGGUUAGUACAUAUUGGACUACAGAGUCGGAUAGGGUGAUGGCUGAUGAAAUCAUAUUGAUUGCUGUUCCUAUACCUUCUUACACAAAAACGGUAACAUUUGGUUGGUCAGGUUCCUAUGUAAGUACAUUCUCAACUAGUACUUCGUAUACUUUGGACAGUUAUGGCUUUUACAGACCCGAAGUUAUAUACUACGUCGAAACUCCACUCGGACAAUCUACUUUAACUGUGACUUCCUAUUGGGACAAUAGCUUCAAUGCAACAUAUUCAACAGGAUAUCAUACUUACACAGGCUCAGAUGGUUACGAAACAAUUGAUACCACAUAUUUUAUCGAUGUCCCAGUGUCAAAAGUAAUUUCAACUUCAUUUACGAAUUGGACUGGCUCUGAAACUGUAACAUUUUCCACCUUUGUAACAACCCUAACAGGGUCUGAUGGCAUUGCAACCGAGACUAUUAUUUAUGAGGUUGAAACUCCUACAUUUAGUUCCAACUCAUUACUCCAAACACUAUCGAAUUCUGAUAGUUUAUCUUUUGAGCCAGAUCCCUUAAGUAGCUCAUUCAGUGUCUCCGGUAUGACAUAUUUUUCUCAUAGAUAUACCACUAAUGAUAUAGAAUCACAAAGGAAUCCUUCUAUCUCACGAACGGUAUCUUCAAACAUAUUCUCCUCAUUACUCAAACCAAUUACUGCAUCACCAACCCUUUCCAAUGCCAUAGACACAAUAUCUUCCAACCAGACUGAGAAUUCCUCAUUCCCUACAGACGAACCAAGUUUCACACAAUCCGCAGCUUCUAGCAGCCCACCUGCUUCUGGGGAUCCAAGUUUGACACCAUCCGGCACUUCGGGUGCUCAACCUGAAAUAUCUGGAUCACAGCCUGACGGAUCGGUAGCCUACAACAGAACUUCUAGCAGCCCAUCUGCUUCUGGGGAUCCAAGUUUAACACCAUCCGGCACUUCGGAUGCUCAAACUGAAAUAUCUCCUUCAGGCAGAUCCUCUUACAACCUACCACCAGUAUACACCACCACAGUGGUCUCUGGCUCGUCGACCGUUACUGAGGUUGUAUCUCCAUACACCACCACCGACUCCAAUGGCUUGCCAUCCACCGGCACCACUACCUACGCGAUCUCGGGCACUUCAUCUGAAAGUGGAUCCUCAGUAUACACCACCACAGUGGUCUCUGGCUCGUCGACCGUUACUGAGGUUGUAUCUCCAUACACCACCACCGACUACAAUGGCUUGCCAUCCACCGGCACCACUACCUACGCGAUCUCGGGCACUUCAUCUGAAAGUGGAUCCUCCGGCCUACCACCAGUAUACACGACCACAGUGGUCUCUGGCUCGUCGACCGUUACUGAGGUUGUAUCUCCAUACACCACCACCGACUCCAAUGGCUUGCCAUCCACCGGCACCACUACCUACGCGAUCUCGGGCACUUCAUCUGAAAGUGGAUCCUCAGUAUACACCACCACAGUGGUCUCUGGCUCGUCGGCUGUCGUAAAGAUUGUAUCUCCAUACACCACCACCGAUUCCAAUGGCUUGCCAUCCACCGGCACCACUACCUACGCGAUCUCGGGCACUUCAUCUGAAAGUGGAUCCUCAGUAUACACCACCACAGUGGUCUCUGGCUCGUCGACCGUUACUGAGGUUGUAUCCUCCACUACACCACCACCGUACGUCCAAUGGCUUGCCAUCACUGGCACCACUACCUACGCGAUC